AUGGCUCGUAAUACUCGCUCCAGCACCCGCCCUGUCGCUACAAGCAGCGAGCCUCCUGCGCCUCCUGCGCCUCCUGCGCCCACCAAGGGCAAAGGCAGAGGCAAGGGUGGCGGCGGCAAGGCCAAGGCUAAAGCCACGACGGCCCAACCUGCGGAGACCGACGUCGUCGCUGGCAUCGAGGUGCCGCCUCCUCGCGGCAAGAACGCGAAGAAGGGCAAGACCAAAGUCGCUUCCUCAAAGGCCGAGGACACUCCCGCUCCGAACGACUUGCCAGACGAAGAGCUUCCUUCCGACGGUGAAGCGCCAGCGAAGCCGAAGCCGAAGCCGAAGCCGAAGCCGAAGCGUAAGACGAAGUCAAAGGCCAGCGUGGACGACGCUCCAGUGGCUCUCGACCCAAUUUCCGGUGAGGUCGUUGAACCAUCCGGCGACGUCGUUGAACCAUCCGGCGACGUCGGCAAGCCCGGUGACGUUGACUCUGAGCCAACUCCUUCCGCUCGCAAGAGAGCGCUGUCCGAGAUGUCGGACUUGACCGUCCAGUCCUCGUCAAGCGAAGACGGUCCGCCUGUCCGCAAGAAGACUCGCAAGCACGCUCCUCCGGUCAAGAAAGAGCCCCCGCCCGCACGCCCAUCGAAGAGGCCCGCUGACGAGCAGCCGGAGGAUGCCGUGGUGCCGAAGACGCGCAAGACCGACGCGGACCAGUCGGCCGGGACUUCAUCGAGUGGCCGCGCAAAGGGCGAUCCCAAGAACCGCCGUGCACCUCCCAUCGAUGAUGAGGAGGAGGCCGAAGCUGACGUCGACAGCGACGCCGACCCCGAUGAGCAGCCAGAGGAGGAGGACGAGUUCGACCUAGCCGCCUUGGCAGCCGCACGCAAGGCGAAGAAGGAGAACGCUAAGCUGUUGGUCAAGGUGCAGGCUGCGAUGCCCGAGGUGAUCAAGACGGCCGACGUUAUCAGACCCGGCGUCAAGGCCCCGAGCCGCCGCGUCUCGAAAGGUGGAGUUCCCGAGAACUUGGACGCGGAGGUCGUCCCGUCGUCGACGGACGGUGAAUCCGACGCCGAAGGCGAUGAUAAGGCGCCGCCGCCCAGGAAGUCUGCGCCGCCGCCAGCCAGGAAGACGGUGUCGCAGCUGCCACCGGCUGUGAGGAGGUCCGUUCCACCGGCGAAGCAGGUUGCGACUUCGCGCAAGGGUGCGGCGCCUGUAACGCAGUCGCACCCUGCCGGUAGGGUGAAGGCCCAGCCUGCACUGAAGAUCAUUGUCAACGACGAGGACGACGACUCGCAAGAGGUGAUCGUCAUCUCGGAUAGCGAUGAUGACCUCAAGCAGGCGUCAGCGACCAAGUCGGCGAAGGCUAAGGGCAAGCAGCGGGAAGUCGUGAAGGUCAAGACCGAGGUCGAGGACGUCGACAUGGGGGACGCCGGACAGCUCCUCCAGCCAACGGCCAACCAGAGGUCCCGAUCUAGGUCGAGGUCCAAGUCAGCGACGCCCGUGGAAACUCGAAGGGCCAGAGAGCAAGGAGGGGACAGCGACUAUAGCAGCGUUAAAGAGGAGGAGAGCGAUGACGAAAGUCAUGCCGCUCUUAAGGCCGGGAUCAAGAAGGAAUAUGUCCGCGGCUCCUCUACGCAGGCCGAUGCGCGUCAGCGUCGUAUCAAUGAACGACAGGCGCAGGAAAACGACAAUAAGGUCAAUCACCCAGACACGCAGGUGACCUUCAACGAGCACGGCGGCGUCGGCAACCUCGGUCAGCAGCCCAAGAUCCUGAAUGAAGCUCUCAGCGCCGCGAUGAAGGGGCUCCGACGCCAUCUGUUCCUUUCGAAGACGGGCGUCGCGAUACCCCUGAAAGUCAAGGCCGACGUCGCUGAUGACUUCGACGAUAGCGACGCCGAAGGCGUCGAGAAGGUCAACACUCACGAGCUUUCGGGCGGCCUGAUCACGGCCGGAGCCGCGCUCAAGUCCGUUCUUAAGUCGAACGUCAAGUACAAACCUAUCCUGGAGCGCUGUGAUGCACAGCCCGCGUACCUCAAGCUUCUCUGCGUCGCGGUCUGGCACAUACUCUAG